AUUAAGAGUGGUUCCUGCUCUUACAGAAGUCUCAUAUGAGCCUGUGAUCUAAAGGUAAAGCUCUUAACUGCUUCGUGCUGCACACAAAAAGAGUUUGAGAAACGUUCAUUGUGAAUCUGUAACUCUGAUAGGACUUUCUGAAACACCAUGAAGUGCCUUUUAAUUCCUGGCAUCACUGUGAUGGUUUACCUGCUGAUGCAGCGGUUUCAAGCCUUCAUCGUCAUAGAAUCGAUGGUGAAUGAAGCCCUGACCCUCCCGUGUAACUGCUCAGGAAAUUGUCCAGUGGUUCUGUGGAUCCGCUUCAUUCCUGACAAAGUUGUCAUCAUUCAGAGCUGGAUGUGUUCAAAACAAGAGAAUUUUAAGGAAAGAUUUACACUACCAGGAGAUACAAGCAGAGGAAAUUUCUCCCUGAUGAUCAGUUCAGUAGCCUACAAUGAUGCAGGCUCUUACAUGUGCAGCUGUAAUGGAAAAUUAGUGACUGAAGUAAUGCUGAAAGUUAUCAUUCCGACAGUUGUAGAGACUUUCGAGGGGAAGAACGUCACUCUCCCAUGUUACGGAGACACUCGACAAGUCAUUAAAGAUGUAAAGUGGAAGAAAGAUGGACACAAGGUUCUGCUGUACACUCCUGCAAACAGAUCGAUGACUAAACAAAACAGAUUCACGAUGUCAGUAGAAGGCUUUCUAGACGGUGAUCUCUCUCUUUACAUCAGUCCAGUUCACCUGUCUGAUACAGGAUUAUAUCAGUGUCUCAUCCACGAUGAAUCUCAGGACGGAGAACCACGAGCUGUGUUACUGAAGGUAGAAGGGCAACAACAAUUCACAACCACCAACAGCGCUCCAGUUUCAGGGUGGUUUGUACUGCUGGGAUUGUUCAUAUCUGUAGGGAUCAACAUCAUCGUGCUGAUUAUUUACAUUAUGAGAAAAUGUAGAGACCGAACCAAUUUAAUCCAAGACUUUGUUUUGUAUAUAUUGUAUAUUAUAUUAUGUCUCUAUUCUUUUUAUAUGUUUUACUGCUGUAACAGAGAAAUUUCCCCAUUGUGGGAUGAAUAAACGUAUAUCUUAUCUUAUCUUAUCUUAUCUUAUCUUAUCUUAUCUUAUCUUAUCUCACACUGUUGUGUAUUUGCACUUUAUGCAGUCCUGUGUACUUUUACAUGUUGCACCAUGAUCCUUUUUUAAUCUGAAUUUUAGAGCAUUUGAGCAUUUUACUAAGUGUGGAUAUUUUUUAAUUUUUUAAUGUAAGGUGGAUGAAGAAAAAUGAACCAUGAAUGAGAUAUUGAGUAUAAAAUGUUAUUGAUUUUUAAAUGUCAAUCAGCUGAUUCUUUGAUUAAAAUCCAGGUAAGUAAAUUAUCUGUCAACCUUUUUACCUGUUGU